AUGAAUGAUUUCGUCGAAAUUGAACACAAAGAAAACGAAGCUUUGGAGCAUGCACAAAGUUUCGGCGGUAUUUACCCAAUUUGGAAAGAUAAUCAGCACUGCACCAUUAAGGCCGUACCAGGACUUUAUCGUAAUGUCAGCCUUGGCUCAACAGUCAAGCUCAUUCAAAAUUUAGACGGAAAUGAGGUUACUGAGACAGCCAAAGUCGUCCAGCGCAACAAGAACAUGACAAUUGAGAUCAAAUUCGGAAUUCCAUCUACUUUCUUCGAAACUCCAAAUCCAUUAACGAUUAUGAACGUUUUUAAUUCACUCGUUUACGAUCGCCAGAAGGCGGCCCUUGCUGCAUUCGAUACAGAGAGGAAGCCGAUGGACAAUUUCAUUGCAGAAUGCAUACUUGGAAAGCCAGAUAAUUUCCAAGUCCGCAAUAAGAUCAAAGACUCACAUCCAGUGAUCCCAGAACUCCCACCAGCCUAUUUCAAGAAGCUUAACCCAUCCCAGGAGACCGCCAUCAAGUUCAUUCUCUCACAUCGUUUCACAUUAUUACAAGGACCACCAGGAACAGGCAAGACAACGACCAUUGCCGCUCUUGCUCUCAGUUUCGUCAAGAAUGGAAUCUCCCCUGUCCUCGUCUGCGCUCAAUCCAACGUUGCAACAGAUUUCGCAACAUUAAGAGUCGCUCAGACAGGCGUUAAGGUCGCCCGUGUCCUCUCGAGCAACAGAGAAGAAGUUGCAGGCGACGUUGACAGGUAUACAACUAAGAAUCUCGCACGUACAAUGUUCGGAGAAGAAUUUACCAAACUUGAGAACGACAAAGACGAAGCUUCCCGCAAAUCCAUCACCCGUAUGGAUAGUGAUGUCGUUCGCCAGUCCGAAGUUGUCUGUACGACCUGCGUAAGUGCCGGUGGUGCAAGAUUAGGCCGCAUUAAAUUCCAAGCCGUCAUUUUCGAUGAGUCCGGACAAUGCCUCGACCCAGAUCUCCUCAUCCCACUCGUCCACGGAACUCGCCAAUGCGUUCUCGUCGGUGACCACAAACAAUUGGGUCCUGUCGUUGUUUCAAGGCAAGCUGUCAAGGCCAGAUACGAUAUUCCUCUCAUGCAGCGCCUCAUCCUCAACGGUAUCCACCCAUUGGUCCUUCGUACUCAGUACAGAAUGCAUCCUGGAUUAUCCGCCUUCCCAAGUGAAGCUUUCUACAGCGGAAUGCUUCAGGACGGUGUCACAGCGGAACAUAGAACAUGGCCAAACCAGUUCAUGAAGUGGCCAAAUCCAAAAUUGCCAUUAAUUUUCUGGAACAUCCCUUCGAAGGAGGAAUUCUACGAGUCAGGCCUCUCCUACGUCAACCGCCAUGAGGUUGGCGCCGUCGCUGUCCUUCUUGAAGCAAUGUAUCUCGGUGGUGUCAAAGCAUCUGACAUUGGCGUCAUCACUCCUUACGCAGGACAGCAGAUCUACAUGAUUGAGACAUUACCAGCCCUCUGCGCAAAGAUUACGGACAAAUCUUUCUUUGAUGAAAUCGAAAUUGCUUCUGUCGACGCUUUCCAGGGCAGAGAAAAGAACUUCAUUAUUCUCUCCAACGUUAGAGCGAACGACCAGCACGAUCUCGGCUUCGUCAAGGACUUGCACAGAUUAUGUGUCUCAUUGACAAGAGCAAGAUACGGUUUGAUCGUACUUGGCUGUGCAGAUACAUUCUCAGAAAACAAGGUUUGGUGCAAAUAUAUCAAACAUUGCCAAGAAAACAGAGUUUUCGUCGAUGGAUCUAUCAACGACUUCAAGCCUUCUAACUUCUCACCACUGAUCGACCUCAAUAAGAAUGAGAAUAACUCUGAAUCUUCUGAUGAUGAUGCUGAAGCUGGAACUAUCUACUAA